CCCAGUCACCCAGUAAAUAACAGAUUCAAAGUGGUAUGCACGUGAAAUUAGUGUUAAAAUAGAGAUCUUAACGAAUUUUUUUCAUUAUGCAACCAUUAUCGUUUAAAUUUUAAAAUGCAACUAAGUGUCUUGAAUUCAUAAAAAAUAUUUACGGGCACUUCAUAAAUAAGUAUAAUGUUAUGCGCACAAAUAUCAACUUAAUUUUUUUUUGAGAAUAUUGUGUUAUUUUUACUCCUAAUAAAUAUGUAUUUUACACGUGUUGGUAGAUUUCUUAAAUUAAAACGCAGUUUAUCACAUAUAGAUGGUGCCAGUUAUGUUUUUGUUUCGGCCAAAAACUUCUCAACCAGAGAACUUUUGAAUGAGGCGUAUUGUCGUACAAAAUUGAAGUGUAAAUCCAAGAAGCUGCCUCAAGAUGUAAAUCCACAAGGUGUGUUUGCUUGUAAUGAGCUUGAUCUCUCUGAGGUACAAGUGUAUGGAUUUGAUUAUGAUUAUACAUUGGCACACUACAAACCAUCCCUCGAACAUUUGCUCUACAAUCUUGGAAGAGAUAUGUUGCUGGAAAAGUACAAAUACCCAGCAGGAAUAUCGAAAUUGGAGUACAAGCCAAAUUUUGCAGUUCGUGGAUUGCACUAUGAUAUUGAAAAAGGAUUGCUUUUGAAGCUAGACUCAUUUUUGCAAAUUCAAUUUGGCGCCGUAUACAGAGGUUUGACACCUGUUUCAACUGAUGAAGUCCUUCAAGUUUAUAGAAAUAGAAUCAUACCGAUAGCUUAUGUUGAAGGAGAUACCAGAGCACAUAAGGCGAAUAGAGCAAAAAUGGUACAUUUAGCCGAUUUAUUCUCUGUACCUGAAAUGGGAUUACUCUGUAAUGUAGCUGAGUACUUCAAUAAGAACCACAUCGAUUACCAUCCUGAAAUUCUCUUUUUGGAUGUAAAGAACUCAGUACAAAGUUGUCACCCCAUCAUGCACAAAAUUGUAGCCCAAAAUGUGGAAGAAUACAUCAGGCCAAACUCGGACUUAAAGAAAUAUUUUCAAAUUCUACAAGAGUGUGGAAAGAAACUUUUCCUUGUUACAAACAGUCCUUUUCACUUUGUUAAUGCAGGAAUGGAGAUGCUCGUGGGCCACGAUUGGAGAGAAUAUUUCGAUGUAGUGAUAGUCAAUGCGAAUAAGCCGAAAUUCUUCACCGAAGUUUCACGACCUAUACGAGUUUUCGAUAAAAACGCUAACACACAUAUUUGGGAAAAGGUUACGUCGUUGGAAAAAGGCAUCAUUUAUUAUGAGGGCACAGUAAAGCAGCUACAAGACCUGACAGGAUGGAGUGGUCACCAGGUGUUGUAUUUUGGUGACCAUCCAUAUAGCGACUUGGCUGAUGUCACUUUGGAACAUGGUUGGAGGACGGGAGCUAUUAUAAAUGAAUUAACGCACGAGAUUAAUACAUUGAACACGGAAACGUUCAAGCAAAAUGCCAAUUGGUUACAAAUGUUGACUCAGCUCAUUGAAGACCACCAGGAUUACAAAGAUCCGGAAGCUGUUGAGGUUAUCGAAAAAUGGAUGGCUGAGAGAGAUUUUCUCAGAAACGCCACAAAAUCAGUGUUCAAUCCGCAAUUCGGCAGUGUUUUCCGUACAUACCACAACCCGACAUAUUUCUCAAGGCGCUUGUUCCGUUUCGCCGAUAUAUACACCUCGAAUAUAAGGAAUCUGCUCAACUACUCUUUGACACACACGUUUUACCCGCGACGUGGCGUCAUGCCACACGAAUAUGGCUCUUAUUUCGUAUAGAAUAAGAUACAAAUAAAAUUAACAACGAACAGUAUGAUAUGCAUUAUGGACACGCACAGUAUUUCUGGGAAUAUUGUAUUAAAUUAAGUUAACCAGCUAACUCGGGUGUAACCCCAAUAUGUGUAACAACGAAUCUAAAUAUACUCUAUUGUUUGUGUUUAUGUCUACUUAUGUUAUUGAUUUUUAAAUGCUUUUUGAAAGUGUUAUAUUAAGUGUUAUUAUUAUAAGAAUAUCGAAAUCGUGAUAAAAGAGCCACUGUUAUAUAAAAGAUCAUGUUAAUAUACCUAAUGUAAUCAAUUUGGUUCAAUGUAAUUUGAUAUUAGACCUAAGGAUACGGUUUUUGAUCAUUUUUAGUUAGAUACAAUUUUUUAUUCAUUUGUUUAUAGUCUUGAAACCCGCCCGCCUCCUAAAGUAAUAUUAUUUUUAAUUUGUUUACUUACAAAUAUUAUAUCAAGUAAAAUGAGAUUGUAAAAAUAUAUAGAAAAAUAACGAAAAGAUUGUGUAUUCAAUUAUAUUCAUAGAUAUUUUUAGUCCAUGUCAUAUCUGCUCAUAAAUUCUGAUUACUACCUAUCUUAAUUUUAUAUUAUUUAAGUGUUAUUUUUAAUUGAAGUUUCCUAUGUUGUCGCUUAUCUUCCUAUUCAAUGCAUUUCCUAAACUCGUUAUUAAGUCGUUUUAUGUAUAAAAAUAUCAAGAUCGGAAACAUGUAAAUAGAGAUUUGGCAUUAUUUGUUUUAUCUUUAAUUAAUUUAUUACUAAUCUGCCGAAAUUCUAGUCAGUUGUUAUUAUCAAAAACAAAUAGAAUUAAGCGAUCAAAAUAAUGAAAUCUAAACAAACAUAUCACAUAAGAAUCACUCAUUUAAGUAACAAACAUUGUUUUUUUUUCAUAUUUUAUGUUAUGACUAGCUGCUCCGCGCGGUUUCACCCCCGUGGCUCCACUCCUGUUAGUCGUAGCGUGAUGAUAUAUAUAGCCUAUAGCCUUCCUCGAUAAAUG